UAUAUAACGCCCUGUACAGAUCAUUAACAUAUCUAUAGAGCUACUCUUUAUUUUCAGAGAAAUUAACAACAAGAAACGCGUUUAUCCACUUUCUAAAUCUAUUACUUUUGUAUUAAAUCUGGUUGUAUGUGAAGAGGAACCAACGUUGCAAUCUGUUUCUGGUCGGAAUCAUUACGAAGCAGGAACAUCUGCUCUAACAUUUCUCUAAAGUUACGUAACAUCUAUUUUUUAAUGAAGCACCGGAGGGGCGGCGUUAAGGAAUAAGAAGGCUUAUUUAUCUUGGUUUAUAAAGCCGUUGUAUCGCUCAGCUUUUGACUCUACGCCAAAACCUCAAAGGGCCGCCAUCGCUGGACAGCCGUUACCAAGGUUACGGGCUACCAGCCGGCUGGCGGUAAUGACUUUGACAGCUAAAACCGGAAAUACAGCUUAAAAUGUUACCGAUAAACUUGUAAAAUGUUGAUAUUACAGUUUCACCUUAAGUUAUAUUUACCUGUAUCCGUUACCGGAAAUGAUACCAUUCCUGUCCUGUAAAGUGGCACCUUUUAAAUGGAACAAUGGCCUUUGUAAUCGGUAACUUUUUAGGAAACGUUCGCCGUUUUUAUUUUCAGAUAAAUCAGACUCGAAGCUUCCUGCUCUGUAAGCGAACCAGUUGUUAUUUAAGGAAUAACUCAUUCCCAAUAUGUUCUUAUGCCAAAUAUACCCCUCCUAAUUCGAUAGUCUGCGCGAAUAGACUGUCUUUUUUGCGAUGUGGCAAAGUGAGGACAGCGUGUCCCCGGACAGGUCCCCUGCAGACACAGUGGGGCCCCCACUUCCACACCUCCACCCCCAGGAGAGCCCUUCCUGCUCCCCUCCUAUGGAUGCUGCUCAAACCUCUGCAGAAGCUUCUGGCUAUCCUCCUGGGAAGGAGUGUAAGGAAAUGGUGGGUGGCUUUACCAGACAACCGCCGACAGCUCGUGCAUGAAUGGAUCCGGAGGCGCCGCUGGCAUCUGGCAGCAGGGGCAGGAGUUACUUUGGUAAUUGUGGCCCUUCUGCUCCUAACACACCUGGACGAGUCCCCAGUGACAGGACGGCUCCGCCUCCUGGUGUUCAGCAGGGAUAAGUACAUGGAGCUGGCAGCUCUGACUUCAGAGGUGCACCUGGAGGAGUUUGCAGAGAGGCUGCUUCCUGUCACUGACCCUCUUCACCAGAUGGUGGAGCAGUCGGUGCAGCUUCUAGCACAGAGGAACAAGGACAUCCCUGAAGUGUCAGAAGUUCCCUGGAGUGUCCAUGUGGUCGAAGGGCCUCAAAUCAACGCCUUUGUCCUUCCUAAUGGAAAAGUAUUUGUGUUUACCGGGAUGUUGGGAGCUGUGGCAGAUGUUGACCAGCUUAUGAUCGUACUCGGACAUGAAAUGGCUCAUGCUAUACUGGACCAUUCAGCGGAACAGGCCAGCCUGUCUCAUGUCGUGGACCUCCUGGCUCUUAUUCUGGUGACAGCCAUCUGGGCAUUGUGUCCUACAGACAGCUUGGCACUGUUGGGAGGGUGGGCAAAGGACAAGCUCAUAGAGGCUCUGGAGCUGAGGGAAACCUGUGCAUGCCCUGCGCUUCCUCCUACUGACCCUAGAGCUGUCUUCUCAAAGACCGUCAACGUGUUGCUGGAAAAAGCCAAAGAGCAGGGGGUCAGAGGGCUAGAGGGGAUACAGGAGCCGCAAACAGUUUCCGACCCUGCAGGACGGCCAUUUUCUCAAACUGUACUCCCUUCUGCUUUUAAAGCGGAUCGGUUAAACAAAGAUAGGGUCCCUGCUGUCACGUCUGCGCUGCCCAGUGCUACAGGGGAAGGAUCCCAGCGUGUGCUGCAGAACAUCAGCCAGCAGGGGAGUUAAAUCCAAACAAACUCCACUGACUCUAUUGGAAAACUUACUAGAGCUUAAAGGCUUUUGUUUCUGUGCUAUAGCUUUAUAGAGCCAUUUAAAAUGGUCUCUAAGUGCCCAAGAACGGAGAUCCCAACCAUUACGAUGCAGGCUACUUUAGAAGGGGACGCCUGACAACGUUUUAUAAAAACAACAGGUGGCUGGGAGUAUGAUAAAUAAAAAAAAACAGGGCAAAAAGCCAACAAAACAAAAUUGACAAUGCUAUCCAUGUCUAGUGUCCAUAAAGAUGCCACUUUAAUUAGCUAACCUUGACCAGGGAAAUGCUGCAUUAAUUAGCAGAGCUCCCAUACUUUGUGAGAUUAAUAUGUGCAUUAUUCAUCAACGCACGGCAAAAGCCGGGAAGAAGCACUUAGGUGUGCAUGUUUGAUGCUGCGUCCACAGUGAGGUGAGGACAUCUACGUUCUCGCUGCCACCGCAGCAUUCUCAUGCAACACACACUUUAUGCAUUCUCUAGCCUGAGGGAUUUAAUCGGGUAAAUUGAUGCUGGGCUGUUUAAGGACCCAGCCUCCUGCAUGGGAAUACCAAUGUCAAGGCGUCGAGCUUCGAGAAAGAAAUUUCAUGGGAUUCUUAAAUAAAACUCUUAUUUAACAAGGCAAGCAUAGUGAGAAAACAUUGAUAUUUACAGCAACAGCCUCGGGGAGCAGUCACGCACGGAGCAGGGGAGGGCAGCUAUGGUUCAAAGCUAAUGCUGUUCUCUUAUGUGCGGCUGUGCGCUGAAAUUAAAUGGUACACUUGGAAACACCAUGAAAUCAAAUUCUACUGCUGUGUUAUCAUCGCUGAAAAUGAUUUUAUUUAAGUUAUGCUUUUUAGAUGCAGACCCGGCCGAAGUUCCAGCUCGAGCAGCUAUCCGGAGCAGCAAAGGGUCUGUUUAAGAAACGAUAUCUCUAAUGGAUUAUAUGGUGUGCAAUUGCUUUCAAUAGAUGCAAUAAAUGAAACAAAAAUCCUAAAAACCAAAGUUUUCUUUCAGCAGUUCAAUAUAUUCCCUUUUAUGAGUUUUAUUUAAACUUAAACUGUACUUGAAGCCAUUUUAACUUACCUAUUUUUAUUCCUCUGGCACAUCAAUCCACUUUCAGUAUUGAAAGCCUCAAAUCUGCAGCAACAAGUAAUAAAAGGAAGAAAUCAGAACAUAUCUGUUGUGCGAGUGAAAUGUUUGGCUGCCAAACAAAAGUCACACCAGCCGGUUAGGCUCUGAAGGAAAUGCUUUUUAAAGAGUGAGUUCUGAGUGUUUAGCUCUGUGGGGUGUUUAUUGACGUCUACAUAUUGAUGUCACACUUCUAGAUUCCUAGAUUGCCUCCUUGCUGGCCUCUCACAGCUAAUUAUAAAGAUGUAAUGUUUGGAAAUCUCAUAAAAUAUUACUACCAGCCAAUCACAGCGAGAUGAAAGCCAUCAAACUCCCCAGAGUCGGCCUCGAUGCUGCUCCUUUGUAAUGUCUGCCAACUGUUACAAGCACCAGCUUCUUGAAUACAUGAUCAAUCCUGUCAUAUCUACUCUGGCUUUCAUAAGUAUUUACAUUUAUUGCACCUUUUCAACACUUCCUGUAACAAUCAAACAUGGGAAUUUGUUUUAUUUAGAUUUUAUCUAACUUGCAAAGAUAAAAUAGAGAAUAAUU